GUAUUCUAUGUGGAUAAGGUAACCAUAGAAUUGUAACUAAAUGUUUUUAUAACUUGGUAAUUUCCAAACACUGCAAUGUAUUCAUUGCUGUCUGGCUUGUGGAAAUACACUUUUCAAAAAGAUGAGUUUUGCAUUUUGAUUCUUGGCUUGGACAAUGCAGGAAAAACUACUUUCCUUGAACAAACAAAGACAAAGUUCAACAAAAACAACAAAGGUAUCAACCUUAACAAGAUCACUGCCACUGUUGGAUUGAACAUUGGAAAGAUUGACAUCAGUGGUUCAAGACUAAUGUUCUGGGAUCUAGGUGGACAGGAGGAAUUACAAAGUUUGUGGGAUAAAUAUUAUGCUGAGUCGCAUGGCAUCAUCUACCUUAUUGACUCAGCAGAUAAAGGAAGGCUAGAAGAAUCGAAAAAAGCUUACGAUAAAAUGCUGUCUAGUGAACACCUGAGCACUGUACCUCUACUCAUAUUGGCAAACAAACAAGAUAUACCAGACUGCUUAACUGUGCUUGAUGUAAAACAAGUUUUCCAUGAUGAAUCUGCGAGUGUAGAAACCAGAGAUUGUAUGAUACGAUCCGCAUCUGCACUUACCGGCCAAGGUGUGAACGAAGGAAUAGAAUGGAUGGUGAAGAGUGUUCAACGUAAUCCAUAUCGACCUCCACGUGAGAAAGCCAUCACGUGAAGAUCAACCUAUCAACAUACUCGUGCAAUAUACUGCCUACUGCUUCGUAUAGUGACACUAUAAACCACAAUCUCACAUCACCAUUCAAAAACAUAACUGUUAAUGACUUGUUACUCCUAUAAGGUUAUUUCUAUAUAUAGAAAAGUGAGGUAAGAUGGGACGCCUGUUUAUUAUAAUUUCUGGUCCAUAUUGGUGGUAAACAAAGAACAUUUAAAGAAUUAUAAAACCAUAUUCUCUUGGCUCCCAUAGACUGUUGUUAAUUGUUUAAAACUCCAUCAGGAUACUUGAAUACUAUGUGCUAAAGGUGUCCCAUCUUUCCCAACCCUGCUAUAUCUGCCCUUUGCCUUCCAGGUAUCGAUAGAACCAGCCUUAUAUUAAUACAGGUGGCCAACCUGACGUACAUUUUAGAAUAUACCACUGUUAAAAUAUGAGUUUCUAUGUUUAUCUAUAUAGAAUCCAGUGUUUGUAGAUUGUAGGUAAUGUUUCAUUUGUUUCUGUGGGCUGAUUGCUUAGCAUUGGUGUUUAUUAUUUAUCUUUUUACAAACUUUAAUUAUUUUCGUGUUCUUUACAUUUCUUAUGGGUUUCCUUAUAUCUCUGUUUUAUAAGCUCAUACAAUAGUUAUCUUAUUCAAAUUGACAAAAUGUAAUAGUACAAAAAAAUAUAUUAUGUAUUUUAUUUAAAACUAACUUACACAAGUUACUUUGUACAGAUCGCUGCAGAUUAAUUUAUUAACAAAAACUUGCAAA